GCGGCGGAAGAUGGCGUGGGUGCUGAAGAUGGAUGAAGUGAUCGAGUCCGGGCUGGCGCACGACUUCGAUGCCAGCCUCUCCGGCAUCGGGCAGGAGCUGGGAGCCAGCGCCUACAGCAUGAGUGAUGUUUUGGCACUGCCAAUUUUCAAGCAGGAAGAUUCCAGCCUUCCACCAGACAGUGAGACCAAACAUCCACCAUUUCAAUAUGUUAUGUGUGCUGCAACAUCUCCAGCAGUCAAAUUGCAUGAUGAAACACUUACUUACUUGAACCAAGGUCAGUCCUAUGAAAUACGGCUGCUAGAUAAUCGGAAGAUUGGUGACAUGCCAGAGAUCAGUGGAAAACUAGUGAAGAGUAUAAUAAGAGUUGUGUUCCAUGAUAGAAGGUUGCAAUACACAGAGCACCAACAGCUAGAAGGCUGGAAGUGGAAUCGCCCUGGGGACAGACUUCUUGAUUUAGAUAUUCCGAUGUCUGUUGGCGUCAUUGAUAUAAAGACUAAUCCAAGCCAGCUCAAUGCAGUUGAAUUUCUGUGGGAUCCUGCAAAGCGUACAUCUGCCUUCAUUCAGGUACAUUGCAUCAGCACUGAAUUUACCCCACGUAAACAUGGAGGUGAAAAAGGAGUUCCUUUUAGGAUUCAGGUUGACACUUUUAAGCAGACUGAAAAUGGAGACUACACGGAUCAUUUGCAUUCAGCUAGCUGCCAAAUCAAAGUUUUUAAGCCAAAAGGAGCAGACAGGAAACAGAAAACAGACAGAGAAAAGAUGGAGAAGCGAACUGCACAUGAAAAAGAAAAGUAUCAACCUUCAUAUGAUACCACAAUUCUUUCAGAGAUGAGGCUUGAGCCUAUAAUUGAAGAUGCAGUUGAACAUGAGCAGAAAAAGUCCAGCAAGCGGACUUUGCCAGCAGACUACGGUGAUUCUCUGGCAAAGCGAGGCACUUGCUCACCAUGGCCUGAUGCUCCCACGGCAUUUGUAAACAACAGUCCUACCCCAACUCCAACUUUUACCUCUGCUCAACAUAAUACCUAUAGUGUCCCAGACAGCAAUUCUUCUUCCCCAAAUCAUCAAGGAGAUGGAACAUCUCAAGGAUCUGGCGAUCAACUUCAUCCUUCAGCCACAAUCCAAGAAACUCAGCAGUGGUUACUCAAACAUAGGUUCUCUACCUAUGCAAGGCUUUUUUCAAAUUUCUCAGGUGCUGAUUUAUUAAAGCUGACAAGAGAGGACUUGGUACAAAUCUGUGGUCCAGCUGAUGGCAUUCGGCUAUAUAAUGCACUGAAAUCCAGGUCUGUUAGGCCCCGUUUAACAAUCUAUGUGUGCCAGGAACCACUGAGGAGCAUACAACUGGAAAGGCAGCAAGAUGAAACCAAUGGUGAUAACAGCAAUGGUGCAAUAUAUGUUUAUCAUGCAAUCUACUUAGAAGAAAUGGCAGCCUCAGAAGUCACUCGCAAGCUUGCUUUGGUGUUUAAUAUUCCUUUGCAUCAGAUUAAUCAGGUUUACAAGCAGGGUCCUACUGGUAUCCACAUCCUUGUGAGUGAUCAGAUGGUUCAGAACUUUCAAGAUGAGAGUUGUUUCUUAGUCACCACAAUAAAAGCAGAAAAUGGUGAAGGUUUCCAUAUAAUUCUGAAGUGAUGUCAUAUAGACAUACUAGACUGAUACUCCAAUGCAGAUUUCAAGUCAUGAUUAAUGACGAACAUCAUCUGAAAAUUCUUCAGAUUGGACUUCACCAUAUAAAAUGUUUCAUAUUGAAAACACAAGACCUUUCUAAUGAGCUGUUUGAUAGAUGAACUUUCUAAUCACUGCCAUAGCUACAUGUCCUCAUAAGGGGUAUAAUGCCAUGACAGCCUAUGUACAGGCAUGGAAGACAAUAUAAGCAAAGGUGCUUGCCCUUUACUGAAAUAAGGCAAAUUAUGGCCAGUAGAUACAGUUCAUAGAAGCACUGUUGCUUUCCUAUUAUACUGUAUCCAGUUUGGAAAUGAAUGUAAACUUAUUCUGGGGCAUUUACCUUGCUGUGCCAGUUUGUCUAUUACUUACUUGUACCUUAUGCUGAUUUUAUUUUUUGAUGUUAGCAGAGCACAUAGAAAUCUGUGUGGAGACGAGUAGUUAAGGUGAUAGUGAUCAGGUUGUUGGGUCUUUGAGAGUAAAGCUGUCAAAACAGCUUCCCUGUGUAAAUUGUGUAUAAGAGUGUAUGUAAGAAAUGUAAAUGCCAGAAUAGGAUUUUAAUAAGUCCUAGCCUGAUGCAAUAUAUGCAUGCAGCCUACUGCAUUAUCAACUGUACCUUAUUGAAAGGAUUAACAAAAAUCCUGUGGGGUAUGAAGUAAUUGUGUUUUUGCUUUUGACAAAUUUAAUGGAAAAGAAUUGCCUAUGCAUCCUUAAUUUCCAGUUUCUCUAUGAAGCACUGCUGCAGGCUUUUUUUAUUUGGGUUUUUCUCUUUGCUUUUUUUAAGUGCUGGGUUUAAAAACAACCCCCCAGUAAUUACGGGGGUUUUCCUGGGUGGGUGGGAGAGGAAAUGUGCUAAACAAAGGAAUAUGAUACACUGGCACCAAGGGGCUACAAAAACCAGCUUCAAGUACUAUCAAUCACAUUGCUCAAGAAACACUAAUAUACACUUCUUUAGUAGCUGGCAGAUCUUGCUCUAAUCACUUUGCAGUCAAGAUACCUGCACAUAAAGUCUCACAUUGAUACUGCAAAUUUUUUUACAAUGCCUCUUCCAUAUGACCAAAUACUUAUCUUUGAAAUAGGCAAUGUGCUUUUCAAAAUUGAGUUUCUCCUUGAAAUUGUCCGAUGUUUAGCACUGCCAUUCAAAUAUUUAAUAUGAAUGUCCACUUAAGACUUUAUGGUAUGUGUUAUGUACUUUGGGGAAGACUCUUCAUAGGCAGAAAAAUCCCC